AUGGGUUCCCAUGCGGUUUCCGAAAACCUCAAUUCUGAGACCAAGUCGGUGAGCAAGGCCAAUAACAUCUCCACCACAAACACUCGAUUCCAGGCUAGCUCUAUAGCUUCCAUCGAAAACCUAUCAUACUACCCAACCACAGAUGAGAACUCUGAUUUUUUGAACGAUCUUAUGAUCCAAGUACAUCACAAAUUGACUGACGCUAGUCAUGAUACGAUUGUCUCUGCCACAGAUGUGAUUCUCGAGAUUUUGAAGAACGACGAAAUGUCUGUAACUGAUAAGCGACAGGAGAUAGACCUGCUCUUAGACACCAAGGUGACAGAUGUUGAGCUCAACGACUUGAUUAAUUUGGGUAAGAAAAUCACCGAUUACCGUCAACAUGAGCAGGCUGAUGACAACCAAGAAGGUAUGGCAAUUGUGUUUGAGGAAGACGAGGAUGAGGAAGAGAACGUCGCGGAGGCAGAAGCCGCUGUGGAAGAAGAAGAUGAUGAGUUCCGGUCGCCCGUACCAGUGGCUGAGUCGACUGCUGGUGAAGACGACUAUAUUGAUAAGAAACUUGUUGAUGUCGAGAAGGAUGUGGUGGAUGAUUUCAAGGUCAAGUUAGCGGACUUGGAGUUGAGUGGCUCAGACUUGGAAGGAGAACUUCUGAAUAUAGUAAAAGAUACACAGAUUCUUCACCACCUUUUGGACAACAGGUGGAAGAUUGUGUUCAAAAUGAAGUUCAUACGGUCGGGUUAUGAAUCCAUCAAGCAACAGCUCGUGGACCUCAACUUGUUGGAGUUGAUCGAAGAGUUCAAUGAGCUCAUGGCUGCGAACAAUAAGAAAAGACGGUUGUCUGAGGACAAUGUUGACAAAAGCACCAAGUCCACCAAAAUAGAGAAAAGAAUCCCAAAGAGAAUUGAUCUCGAGGCCUUGGUGUUUGACCAAGGUGCUCAUCUAAUGGCAUCUACGAAGGUGAAACUUCCUAAAGGCUCUUACCAGCAGAACAAGAAGCUCUACGACAUUGUGAGUAUUCCAGCUCCUGAAAUUCCAGAUGAGGUAAUAGAAGCCAGAAAGAAUCUUGUUCCUAUAACAGACAUGCCUGAAUGGGCCCAGGAAGCAUUUCCCUCUGGAGAAACUGCCACAUUGAAUGUGGUGCAAUCUAAAAUAUAUCCUAUGGCAUUUAAAACCGACGAGAACUUGUUACUUUGUGCUCCCACAGGGGCUGGUAAGACAAAUGUGGCAAUGUUAACAAUACUUCGGACUAUUGAAAACUUCAGAACUGAGUCGGGACAAAUCAAGUUGAACGAUUUCAAAAUGGUGUACAUCGCCCCUUUGAAAGCUCUUGUUCAAGAACAAAUGCGAGAGUUUCAAAGACGUCUCACAGCAAAUUACGGUGUGGUGGUCAACCAAUUAUCAGGAGACUCCAACUUGACCAAGCAGCAGAUUGUGGAGACCCAACUUUUGGUGGUGACCCCUGAAAAAUGGGACGUUAUAACCAGAAAAUCUACCGAUUUGUCCUAUACAAACCUCGUACGGUUGAUUGUGAUCGAUGAAAUCCAUUUAUUGCACGAUGAAAGAGGCCCAGUUUUGGAGAGUAUAGUAUCAAGAACCUUAAGACAAGUGGAGGAGACCGGCAACAAUGUGAGAUUAGUAGGGUUAUCUGCCACAUUACCCAACUUCGAGGACGUUGCUAGAUUUUUGAGAGUCGACAUGGAAAAAGGAUUAUUCUUCUUUAAUGCUACCUACAGACCAUGUCCUUUAGAGCAGAAAUUCAUUGGUAUCAAGGAGAAGAAGGCCAUCAAGAAGUUGGCUGCCAUGAACGAAGCUUGUUAUGAGAUGCUCACAGAUUCUAUACUCAGUAACCAACAGUUGAUCAUAUUUGUCCACUCAAGAAAAGAGACGUUCAAAACUGCCAAUUGGCUCAAGAACAAGCUUGAAGAGGAAGAAAAGCUAGAUUCCUUUUUGGGUUCAAGCUUGGGUGUCAAGGAAAUCUUGAAACUGGAAGCGGAUAUGAUGUUAAACAAAAAUCUACAGGAAAUUCUUCCCUCAGGAUUUGGUAUUCAUCAUGCUGGAUUAAACAAAGAUGAAAGAACCGUGGUUGAAGAUUUGUUUGCCCAGGGACAUAUUAAGUGUCUUAUUUCCACUGCUACUUUGGCCUGGGGUGUCAAUCUUCCUGCCCAUACAGUUGUUAUCAAGGGAACCGAAACAUACUCUCCAGAGAAGGGAACAUGGGUUCAACUUUCUCCGCAGGAUAUUAUACAAAUGCUUGGAAGGGCUGGAAGACCUAGGUACGAUAAAAGUGGUGAAGGUGUCAUUAUUACAUCCCAAGAUGAAAUUCAAUACUACCUUGCUAUUUUGAACCAACAACUCCCCAUUGAGUCUCAGUUAAUGGGGAAAUUGGCUGAUAAUAUUAAUGCUGAAAUAGUGUUGGGAACCAUAAGCUCAUUGGAAGAUGCCGUGAAUUGGUUAAGCUAUACUUAUCUCUACAUACGAAUGCUCAAAUCUCCUGCCCUAUACCAUGUGGGAGCUGAAUAUGGUAAUGAUGAAAACUUGUACUACAAAAGACUCGAUUUGGCUCAUUCGGCGUUGAUGGUAUUGCAAGAGAACAAUUUGGUGAACUAUAACCCGGUUCUGGGAAAUGUUAAAGCGACCGAAUUAGGAAAAAUAGCUUCCCAUUACUAUAUCAACUAUCGUACAAUGAACAUGUACAACAAUCAUCUUAAGCCCUGGUUGACGGAGAUUGAACUCUUGAGUAUCUUUGCAUCUUCUGGAGAGUUCAAGUUUAUCCCCUUGCGCCUGGAAGAGAAGUUGGAAGUUUCUAAACUUUACGAAAAGGUACCAAUUCCAAUCAAGGAAAACUCGACUGAUCCGCUUGCCAAAGUCAAUGUUUUGCUUCAAGCAUAUAUAUCACGCUUGACACUUGAAGGGUUCGCCUUGAUGGCAGAUAUGAUCUACGUUACGCAGUCUGCCGGAAGACUAUUGCGAGCCUUACACGAGAUUUGCCUCAGAAAGAACUGGGCUUCAGUUUCCAAAACUACUCUUGAUUUGUGCAAGAUGGUAGAGAAGAGAAUGUGGCUAACGAACUCCGCCUUACGGCAAUUUGGCUCUUCUGUCUCCAAGGAAAUCGUUAGAGCCACCGAAAGCUCUCAUGUUCCCUUUGUCAACUACUUCACUUUAUCUCCUGAAGCGUUGGCAGAGGCUGUCAAUUUAAAAGGGAAUAGUCGAAGAGUUCACGAGCUACUCAAGCAGUUCCCUAGAUUGAACUUGAGCUACUAUGCUCAACCACUCACACACAACUUGUUGAGAGUUCAAGUCGAGGUGGUACCCAAUUGGGAUUGGAAUCCUUCUGUUCAUGGGAACUUUCAGGAUUUCUUAUUAUUUGUGGAGGAUUGUGAUGGAGACAAAAUCCUCUAUAGAGACAAAGUCUCUUUCGCAAGAUCAUCCGAGAACAAAGAGUUAUUAGUGGAGUUCACUUUACCUUUUUUGGAUCCUGUACAACCUAAUUACUUUGUCAGCUUCAUUAAUGAUAGGUGGUUACACUCUGAGUAUAAAAUCCCGUUGAUGAUUUCAGACUUGAAGAUCCCCAAAAAGUCUCCUAAUUUCACCAAACUUCAAGACCAACCAAAUGUCUUAACGUCUGAGGUGAAAGUCCCUGACUUUAUUGAAACGUUUGACUUCAAGUAUUUCAACAAGUUCCAGUCUCAGGUGUUCCAGUCUCUCUACAACACAGAUGAUAACACCUUUAUUGGAAUGUCUAAGGGGUCAGGGAAGACUGUCUGUGCUGAGCUUGCCAUAUUGAGACACUGGAAGAACAAUAAAGGAAGAAUUCUCUAUUUGCAGCCAAAUGAGCAAGCAGUUUAUAAACUCACAAAGAGAUGGAAAAAGCUAUACAGAUCGAUAGGAGGCGAAGGGAAGGAGGUCGAAAAACUCACAGGUGAGUUGGCUACCGAUCUUGCUAUACUUUCGUCGAAUCAUUUGAUUUUGAGUACUCCAGAAGUGUUUGAUUUCGUAUCAAAGAGAUGGAGACAAAGAAAGGCUGUUCAGGCCAUUGAAAUGGUUAUUUGUGAUGAUGUACAGCUAAUUGGUUCUGGCUCGUCCGGUGUGUCUUACGAAAAUGUUGUUGCAAGGAUGAAGUUCAUUUCUUCUCAACUUGAAGUAAACAUUCGUUUCGUAGCUUUAUCAAGCACUUUGGCCAACGGAAGGGAUUUUGGUGAAUAUCUUGAAUGUCCCAGACAGUCUAUCUACAACUUUGAGCCUUCUGAAAGAUUCCACAAGAUUCAGGAAAUCGUCAUCCAGGGCACGAAUUUUGGUGAUAACAGAACCAUGCUUUUGAAUAGCAUUAAGCCAUCAUAUACCUUUUUGAAGAACAAUACUGGGCAAGGAAAAUCCCUUUUGUUUGUGUCUUCAAGAAAAAACUGUGUUGAAGCCGCUUACAACAUUGUUCAAAAUGCUGAAAAUGACAGUUGGAAGCUACUACGGUCAGAUGUCGCUCUGAUAGAAUCGUACCUUAAUAAAGUCAAGGACCAUACAUUGAAGGAGCUUUUAAAAAGAGGUGUUGGAAUAUUCUAUCCGGAUAUGAACUCGGUUGAUCAAUUGGUGGUGGAAAGACUUUUUGAAAGCGAAGUGCUUACUGUGUUAGUGGUUGCAAAAGAUUGUGCAAGCUUCUGUCCCCCAGCAAAUCAUGUAGUGGUCUUAGGAACUGAAGAGUACUAUGGGAGAGAACACAGGUAUGUGAACUUUCCCAUUAACACCGUAUUGGAAAUGAUUGGAUGUUGUUCUGACGAAAUGGGCCAGUCGAAAGUGAUGAUAUUCACUAGAAAUGCCACUAUGAACCACUAUAGCAAGUUUUUAAACGAAGGAUUACCUUUGGAAAGUUACUACAAUUCGAUGAUACACGAUAUUUUCAUCACUGAAGUUAGUAACAGAACAUUCAAAGAAAGACAAGACUGUGUUGAUUGGUUGACAUUCACCUAUUUCUACCGAAGAUUACAAAUGAACCCCAGCUUCUACGAUGUCAAAGAUACUUCGCAUAUGGGAAUAUCAGAAUUCUUAUCGGAUUUAGUGGAAGAAACCAUCAAGGACCUCACUGACAACAACUUGAUCGAGUUGGAAGAAGCCGAGGAAAUUUUAUCUCCAUUGAAUGGGGCCUUAAUUGCCUCCCAUCACAAUGUUUCUUACCAUACGAUGGUGGAGUUGAACAAGUUGGACAAUAAGACCAAGUUGAGAGGAAUUUUGGAGAUCGUUUGUUCGGCUGCUGAGUUCGAAGAAUUACCUAUGAGACUUGGAGACUCCACCAAUCUUCAGAAGAUAUACAAUCAGGUUCCGGUCAAGUCCAGUAAUCCAGAUUUCGAGUCUCCGUACUUCAAGACAUUUAUACUCCUUCAAGCACACUUCUCUCGUCUUCAACUCCCAUUGGACUUGAGAGCCGAUCUUGUUUUCAUCUUGAAACAAGUCAUGAAGGUCAUUGGUGCUUGUGUCGACACGGUUUCAAGUGAAGGGUAUUUGAAUGCCAUCCAAGUGGUUGACUUGUCCCAAAUGGUGAUUCAGGGAAUUUGGAACCGUGACUCGCCAUUGAAGCAGAUUCCUCAUAUUAACGAAGGUAUUUUGACCCGAUGUAAGAAGUACAAUGUUGAAACGGUUUAUGAUAUAAUGGCUCUUGAAGAUGAUGAACGAGAUGAUGUGCUCCAGCUUGAGGAGGCUGAAUUGGAAGAUGUGGCCGAAUUUGUCAAUAAAUAUCCCAAUGUGGAUAUCAGCUAUGAACUCGAAGAAUCAGUUGUAGCAAACGAGCCAGUGAUGGUGACAGUGAAUCUCGAAAGAGAUGAGGAAAUGGAGGACUUGUCGGUGGUGUCGUCUGUGUUUGAAUCUCAUAAGCGAGAGGAAUGGUGGAUUGUGAUUGGAGAUGCUGCUUCCAAACAGCUUUAUGGUAUCAAAAAGACCUCAAUUGCCAAAGAAAGUCAGACGGUGCAAUUGGAGAUGACGAUACCGAGUAGUGGUAAACACAAUCUCACGAUUUGGUGCAUGUGUGAUUCGUACUUGGAUGCCGAUAAGGAGGUGAGUUUGGAGGUGGAGGUGCAGCCUGGGGAGUAGAGAAGUUUUGCAACAAUCAAAAAUUGAGAAUAGAGGGUUCAUGCUAAAAUUAUGGUGGUUAGGUGGGCAAGUACUACAUCUGUGCCAUCAGCCAAGCAUUACAUCUGUGACAUUAACGAGCUCAUUAUGCCUCAACCUUGCAUAUCUAUAGAAAAAUAUAAGCAAUUUGUAACCAAGUUGAGCUCUGGAUAAAUAUAGAGUCUGUUGUAAUAUCAAUUCGACAGUCACUGUCAGGCACGAAGUGAGUAUAUAGUAGUCAACUAAACAAGAUCGCAUUCACGGACUUGUCAGAAAAGUUCAGAAGAAGCUAUCUCAUCAUCGCCAUAAAGGUGCGAGGAAAA